GUUGUGCGAAGUGAGACAGGUGCCGGAAAGUGCAAGAUUUCGGUUCCCUCAGACCGGAAAACCAAGAAUUACAGGCCAGUGAAUGUUUUUGUGGCCGGCUUCGGUUGAUUUCUUGGUUCUUCGGUCUGAGGGAAGCGAAAUACUAUCUUCCGGCAGGAACUUCCACGAAUCUUUCGGUUGCGGCCGGAAAGUGCAAGAUUUCGGUUCCCCCAGACCGGAAAACCAAGAAUUACAGGCCAGUGAAUGCUUUUGUGGCCGCCUUCGGUUGAUUUCUUGGUUCUUCGGUCUGAGGGAAGCGAAAAACUAUCUUCCGGCAGGAACUUCCACGAAUCGUUCGGUUGCGGCCGGAAAAUGUAAGUUUCCUGUUCCUCCAAACCGUAUAACCACGAAAAGCUGGCAGGGAAUCUAAAGUGGAUUCGGUCGAAUGCUGGGUUCUUCGGCCUGUGGAGUAAAAAAUUCCACCUUUCGGCAAGAAUUUCUACAAAUCUUCCGGUCGUUACCGGGAAAGGCAAGAGUACGCUUCCUCCAGGCCGGAUAACCUAGAAUAGCUGCCCAAGGAAUGUUUUUGUAGACGGAUUAAAUCGAAUUCUUGCUUCAUCGGUCUGGGGGAAGUAAAAUUCAACCUUCCGGCUUGCAAAUCUUCCGGUCGUCACCGGAAAAGAAAAUCGCCGACUUCCGGAUCCCGUGGACUCCGCAGCGCCAAUGGGACGCGUCACGCCAAUUUCGAUCACGCUGUCUCUGAUCCUGCUGGUUGGGCCCUUUGGCACCGGGAAGACGUACACGCUGGCGCAGGCCAUCAAAAAGCUGCUGUUGCAGCCGGAGUCGAAUUCGGCCGCCGAUUUGUAUAUCAAGGACUACCUGCACCCGUGGGUCGAGGAGGGUGGUGGGGAGGAGGUCAAACCAUUGCGCGUUUACUAUUACAAGCGCUGGGUCGCCACCGUCAACUGCAUCGUCCAGAAGUACUGUCUGAUCGACCUGAACAUCAACGUGCGCAUCUUUCGGCGGGCAACCGUCGAAAACAUUCUCAAGUAUCGCAUCGUGGUUGUAUCGCUGAACAUUUCGAUGGAGCUGGCCUGGCUCGAACUGCCCAAGGGACACUUUACACACAUCUUCCUGGACUAAGUGGCCCAGGCCAUGGAGUGCGAGGCGAUCAUGUCGUUGGUGCUGGCGACGCAAAAGAUACGCAUCGUGCUGGCCCGGAGGCGAAAGAACCCGCCAGCAGAUUCGUCCCCAGAUAGCACAGCACCUGACGGCCAGCGGCCGACCGUUGAAUCCACCGCCGAUGAGGAGUCCGGUCCAGCAGCAGCAACAACAGUGACAACAACAUCAGCUGUCUGCGCCGCAAAUGCCUUGUCUCAAGCAGCCGAAGCCCCUUCCGAACUACGGCCCAUUCCCAGCCCCAACAUUGUGGUACGCAAAUUGUAGCCACGAAGGAAUCCGUCCGAUAACCGUCCCACGGGUUUGUUAAUUAGCAAACGGUUUAUGCGCCACCUCCGUAGAGGACCGACUUGCCUGGUUUAUGCCCGACUAGACCCAGCCGCAGGGCGGGUCGUUUUGUAAAACCUGGAAUGA